AUGGUGGUCGGGCGAGGCCACACGAGGCGAUCCGCUCCCCUCGCCGUCGCCGCCGCCGCCGCCGCCGCUGUGAUGGGAGCUGCUGCUGCCUUGUGGGCUCUGAUCCGAUCCAAGCCGUCGGAUAACGAGAGGCGUCGCCACCCGACGGCUUCAGAAGAAGGCGAUGAUGUGGACGACGGGGCUUAUAUCGAGGCGUGGACAAUAGCGG